AGAUGAGAAAAGGAUGCAGGAAAUUCUGUUGUUUACACAUGUGUCUGCAACUGAGACGCUAGAGCAGCCCAGGAAGCCUAAAGGGUCUUAAAGGAUAAAUAUGAAUUUAGAGUCCAUUCAUCGAUUAAUUGAGGAAACACAAAUCUUCCAGAUGCAGCAGUCAUCAAUUAAACAGCGCUGUGAGAUGGUACCACCUGCCUUAUCCCCCAGGGAUACCUGUAAUUCCAACUUGCCAUAUUAUGGGCUACAAUCUCAUGUUGCCCACAAUUUCUGUGCUCACUCAUAUAACACCAGUGGAUGGGAUAUUUGUGAAGAACUUCGCCUGCAUGAGCUUGAAGAAGUCAAGGCCAGAGCUGCUCAGAUGGAAAAGACCAUGCGGUGGUGGUCAGACUGCACUGCCAAUUGGAGAGAAAAAUGGAGUAAAGUUCGAGCCGAAAGGAACAGUGCCAGGGAGGAAGGAAGACAACUCAGAAUAAAAUUAGAGAUGACAAUGAAAGAACUGAGUGCACUGAAAAAGCAACAAAGUUUGCUACCUCAAAAGGAGGCAUUGGAAGCUAAUGUUACCCAGGACCUGAAGCUUCCUAGUCACAUAGAAGUGUCCUAUGAACACAGAGACCAAUUCCAAAUUAGUUCCCAAAAGUGUGAUUCUAUCAGAGGGUGUUUGGUAAAAAGACAAUUUCCUACAAAGGAGAACACAAAUAGUAAGGAAGAAGGUGUGGUUAUUGACUCAUUAAGAUUAAAUGAGGAAAUAAAUCCCAAUCUAGAUUGUGCUGAUUUAUACAAGAAUGGUCGUUCUGGAAACUGUGUAAUGAAACCUGGGCUAAGAGUACAGGCAAUAAAUCUGUCAUUGGAAAAUGAAAUAACUGAAAUUGCAGCUUUGCAGGUGCAUUUGGAUGAGUUCCAAAAAAUCUUAUGGAAGGAAAGAGAAAUGCGCACAGCUUUGGAAAAAGAAAUAGAACGACUGGAAUCAGCUUUGUCUCUAUGGAAAUGGAAGUAUGAAGAACUGAAAGAGUCGAAGCCAAAAAACGUGAAAGAGCUUAACAUUCCUCAUGGUCAUCAUGAAAAUGAAAUGAAAGGAAUAUCAGGAGAUAUAAAGGAAGAAUUCACAUCUCAAAACAGCACAGACAGAGUGAUCUGUGAGUUAAGAACAGAGCUAGAGAAAUUGCAGGCUGAAAAUACGUUGGAGUGGGGCAAGAGAGAAACGCUUGAGACAGAAAAACAAGGACUGGAGAGAGAAAACAGACGGCUAAAGAUUCAGGUGAAAGAAAUGGAAGAGCUCCUGGAUAGGAAAAAUAGAUUAAAUGCCAACUCUCAGGGUCCUGAUGUCAAGAUAUCACAAACUGAACUGCAAGAAAAGAACAAGGAACUCUUAGACCUUCAACAUGCCUACCACAAACUAAGCAGACAGUACCAGGCAAAAGUGGUGGAACUGACUCACGCAAACCACCAAGUGGAUCAAAACAAGGCAGAAGUAAAGAAACUGAGAUUUCGAGUGGAAGAACUAAAACAGGAACUCAACCAAAAAGAAGAUGAGCUUGAUGAUUCCCUGAAUCAGAUCCGUAAGCUCCAGAGAUCUCUGGAUGAACAGAAAGAAACAAAUGAAAACCUAGAGAUUGAACUGAGGCACUUACAAAACCGAUGAUGCCUCCAGCGUUAAGACUGUGAUCCUGCAAAGUUUAAAAUUGGAAAAGAAAAUCUUAAAUACUAUGCAUUUUCUGAU